AUGAAAAUCAGUCGCCGCAAACAGUUCAAACGCGUCAUGCGUUUCUACUCCGUCGGUUUCGGCAUCAAAGAGCCCUUCAAAGUCCUCGUGGACGGGACGUUCUUGACUGCCGCGCUGAAGCAUCGCCUCUCUCUCGCUGACAGGCUUCCCCUCCUCCUCGGAGGGCCGUGCACAAUAAUGGUAACGCCGUGCAUCGUUACCGAACUUCGGCAGCUGCCUCGAGAGAAGAGCGUCGGCGCCAUAGCAGCAUGCAAACGCCUUCGUCGCUUCAAAUGUGGACACGACCUCGACGACGCGCGUCGGCACCUGGUGUCGCUGCCAGCGAAGGACGAGCGAGAGGAGAGAGACGAAGAGAACGGCGAAAACGAAGAGAGCGGCGAGUCGGAGGAGGCGGAGAGGCAAGUGGAGAGCGCGGAAGACGGCGCAAGUGACCAAGAGACCGAUUUGCCUCGGCGGGAGAAAUUUUCGCUUCACCCGGCUCUGGCCGCCUUCCGAGCUCGGCAACAGGAGGAGCAACUCGGCGUCGUCUUUUCCAAGAAAACCAGAAGCGUCUCUUCUUCCGAGAAGGAAGAUCGCGGAUGGAAAGAAGCGGAAAGCCACGAGGCAGCUGGAGGCACGGUUUUCUGCGCGGACGCCUUUCGCUGCAUCUGCCGCGUGGUCGGGCAGAAAAACCCGUCCAAGUUGUGUGUAGCUACACAGGACCGCCAGCUGCGGGAGAAGCUGAGGCAAGUGUCGACGGGGGGCGAGGAAGAAGCGGAACAAAUUCCGGGCGUUCCUCUCAUCUUCCUGUACAAAGGCGGCAUUCUGCAGCUGGAACCUCCCACUUCGAAGACGCGCGAGAAACACAAAGUGGAGGAAAGGAAGAAGCUGAGGAUGGGGAAGGAGGAACGGCGUCUCUUCCACGAAACGCGGCGGAAAGUCAAGGCGCAAAACGCGGGCGGCCCCACCGGCGGCACCUCGUCUCCGUCCGUGGCGCUCCGUGGCACAGAGAAAAAGAAGAAGAAAGCGCGGAAAGGCGUCAAUCCUCUCUCCUGCAAAAAGACACACAAAACCAUCGUCAACCUGCCGAAGACAAAGGCGAAGAAGACGCGCUCUCGAAGAAAGAAGGGGUCGGCGGUUGGCGCAGCCGGAGCCGGCUCCACGUCCUCGUAG